AUAAUUAUUAAAAAGGUUCAAACAACAUAUCUUGAUAGCCUGAAGUGUACCAUCACUCCAGAACAAUAUGUUCCUGUCAUUGUCCAUUGUAUUGUCACUGGUCCACUGUGUCCUGACCAUAGACCUUACCUACCACGUGGAAGAAGAGAGAAGUCCAGGAACAUAUGUAGCAGACAUUGCUGCCGAUUCUAAACUUUUAGACAAUGUUAAACCAUCUGACCAACAUUUGAUAACAUUCAGUCAAUUCAAACGAAAGGUGGCACAGUUAUUUAACAUCACCAAAACAGGUAAACUGUACACUGCUCAGACACUGGAUGCAGAAGAUCUCUGUACAUUUAACAAAGAAUGUUCCAGAACUAUGAAAGUUGUUGUCAAUAAAGGAACCAGUGUUUCAAAAAUAUUAAAAAUCAAAAUAAUCAUAGAAGACAUCAAUGAUCAUCAACCAGAGUUUCCUAUGAGGGUAGUUAAUAUACAGUUUGGUGAACAUGAUCGUGAUGGAGCCAAAGUGUCACUACCAAACGCAAUGGACAAGGAUAUAGGAUUUCAAAACUCAUUAAUACAAUAUAAAUUAAAAUCAAAGAAUGGAGAACCAUUCUCUUUGUCAGUGUCUAAAAGAGCUGAUGGUAUUUCUUCUCUUAAAAUAGUUUUAAAAGAAUCAUUGGACAGAGAAAUCAAAGAUACAUAUUUAUUACAGGUCAUAGCUAAAGAUGGAGGGUCACCAGCAAAACAAGGGAUUUUGAAUAUAAAUAUUUCUGUAACAGAUGAAAAUGACAACCCACCUGUAUUUUCUAAACCUCUGUAUAAUAUAUCCAUACAAAGUAAACAUCACAGGUCUAAACCCAUCAUUGUUUUAUCUGUGACUGAUGCUGAUGCUGGUGAAAAUGGUAAAAUUACUUUCCAUUUUAGUCCAAAGACAUCAGAUAUAGCAAAAAGCUAUUUUCAAUUGAACGAAACCAGUGGAAAUAUUCUGUUAAGGGAAUAUUCAAAUCUGGGUAAAAAGAAAACCUAUGAAUUGUUUAUUGAAGCCAGAGACGGGGGCAGCCCUCCUCUCAUUUCUAUAGCAACUGUUUUGGUAAAUGUCAUCAACCAACACAACAAUCCUCCAUCUAUUGAUAUUGAUUAUGUUAAUGCAAUCAAUGACAACACAGCUACUAUUUCUGAAAACAUCAAAGUUGGUAGUUUCAUUGCUUAUGUGAUGGUCACUGACAAUGAUGUGGGACAAAAUGGAGAGGUCAGCUGUGAUAUCAAACAUGAUACAUUCAAACUACAGUCAAUGGGAUCUAAAGAAUAUAAAAUCAUUCUAAACAAACCAGUGGACAGAGAAACACAAGGACACUAUAACAUUCCUGUCUCCUGUCAAGAUAAAGGAUUACCUCCUCUCAAAAGUGUUAAAAGCCUCUCUAUCCAAGUGACUGACAUCAACGAUGUACAACCACAGUUUACCAAAGAUACAUUCCAAUUCCUCACCUACGAAAACAAAGAUAAAGACUUCCCUAUUGGUUUUGUCAAUGCCACUGACCCCGAUCUUGGAUCUGCUGGACAACUCACAUAUUCUCUGCUGCGUAAAGAAAAAUCCAAUCUCCCAUUUCUCAUCACCAGUUAUGGCUUCAUUUCAGCGACCAUGUCAUUGGACAGAGAGAAACAAGAUGUGUAUAAGUUUGAGGUUUUUGUCAAAGAUAAUGGAAGCCCAUCUCUGAAUGACACAGCGAAUGUUGUUGUUGAGAUUCUAGAUCAAAAUGACAAUGCUCCGUAUUUUACAUAUCCUAGUAGUGACCCUUACACGCUAAAUGUGCAGUACCAUCCGCAGAGUAAGAGUGACAUCACAGUUUUGAGAGCGUCUGAUGGGGACAGUGGAAACAAUGCUUUCCUCAGAUAUGCAAUCAUACAAGGAAAUGAUAAACAGUUGUUUAGUAUGAACUCACACAGUGGUGCUUUAUCCUUCUCCAGACAAGUUUAUCUAAAUGAUGCUGGAAGUUAUGAGCUGGUGUUUGUUGUGAAGGACAGUGGUAGUCCAGUUCAGUCGUCAACAACUAGUGUCACUUUGGUAUUGGCUGUUAGUAACGAGACAUCACCAAUGUCGAAGAGUGGACCAUUACAAUCUUCAGGUCGGGUCCAUAUGACAUGGGUUAUUAUCAUUGUAUCAUCAGCAGUAAUAAUAUCAGUGGCUAUUGUUGUUUCUAUAACGCUGUGUAUUAUGAAAUGUAUUAAACACAGAGAUAACACAGCUGCUGCCACAAAGAAUACAGCCUACCAAGGUAGAGCAGAGAUGAAACAAUUGUUGUACCAGACUAACACUUCUGUUGCUAUGUCGAGGAAUGCAGAAGAGAUGGUGAAGCGGAACAUCUAUUCUGAGAGAUCCAAGAGUGAAUGUUAUGCAGAAGGUCAGCUACAGAACAAAUAUGAAUCUUCAGUUCAGUCGAGAACUUUACCAAAACCUACCCCAAAAUACUGUCAACCUGUUGUGGUGACAUCAAGUGAUGAUGCUGUGGAAGAUAAUGCUACUAUGGUUUGUAACUAUACAUCAGAUACAAUGUCAUCCAAGAGAAGUGGUAGACAUGGAGACUUGAAACAUUAUGAAGAAAUACCAGGAGUAUCAGAUCAAAAUUUAUAUAAGAAUAAUGAUGCAACUACGUCGAAAGAUUCCAGUGAAGAAACUCCAGUCAAACAUGUAUAAUACUUUGCAUUAUGUAAAUACAAGAUAUAGACUCUUCAGUACACACACACACACACACACACACACAUUUUGCUAUAUACUCUAUAUAAGAAUACAGAUUAUCAAAGGCAAAAAGAUAAUAUAGAUAAGUUAUUAUUUUUUUCUUUUUUAAUUAUCCCUUGAUUGCAAAAUAGGUGGGGUUUUUAAUAUAAUGAAAGAAUGUUUAUUACACUCAAUAGUACACCAAAUUUUCUAUGUUUUAUUGAUAAUAAUAACCAGAGAUUAUAUUGUAUAUGGUUUGCCAUGUUUACUCUGUCCUUUGCAGGGCUUGUGUAAUUCUCCUUCUGAUGGUGUAAAAGUACAUAAGGGAGAUUUUUAUUUAUCCAUGAGAUGAAGUUACCUGACAUCUUUGGAGUAUUAUUAUUAACUAUAAAUGCUAUAACUUAAGCUGGCAGCCACUGUGGGAAAGCAUGAUCAUCACAACCUCUAAAUAUAUGACCAUGUUCAUCAGGGAAAGAAAUCAAUAUGAAGGGAGCAGCUUCAUUGGUCUCCUGUUUCGAUCACUCGACCAAUCAGAUUCGGGAUAAAACACACAACAAUUCACUAACAAAGCCAAGCCUUCACAUCACUAAUGUUAUUAUCCCAAACAGUUAUGUUCUGUUUCAGUAUAAACAUAAUUCUAGCUAUUUAAAUAUAUAUCCAUGUAAAUAGUAAACAUCUUCUUUGAGGACAAAUACAUGCACAGAAUACUAUUAGGUGGAUGUACUCUUACAAACAUACAACUUCAGUGACACAUGCAACCCUCUCCUAGCAGCAGACUCUCUGCCUGACGUGCUACACUACUCCAUCACCAUAACAGCCAUUGUCACACCAUUACAGCAGCACUUACAAUGGAUCUUUCUACAA